UGGAGACUGACUACUGAAGGAAAUAUAACCGAACCACUGACGCGAACCGACCACAGAAUCUAAAAGCACAUUUGAUGAGGAAAAGAGGAAAUAUCAGAUACCCCAUCCGCUCUAAAUGCGUGAGACGUGAUAGUGCAAACCAUGGUGGACCCAUUGGAACCUGACAACCAGAGUAAAUUCACUGAGCCGCAGUUUGAAACCCCUUCUGCAGCCUCUGAAGCACCAUGUCUACCUGAACCAGUUGAUGAUAGAGAUAAAGAUAUUGGUGUAAAUGCUAGCCUGCAGACAGAACCCAGUCCUGAACCUGUACUGAGUUCUGAAGAACCAUGCCAGCCACAAAACAACCAGAAUAGUCAACCAGAAGAGCAGAAACUGCAUUUGGAUCUUUUCAAUUUUGACUCACCUGCUGCAGAAGGCAGCAGGUAUGUGCUGACAAGCCCUCACUCACUUGAGGCAUGUGCACGCUGUGGGGUGAAACCUGUAGAACUUCUGCCACGACCACUGUCUGAUUUUGCCCGUGAGGCACCCGGUCGCAGCAUGCGUGUUGCUACUGGAAUGUUUGAAAUAUAUGAGAAGGAUAGACAUGCUAAACUCCGACAGUGCAGAGAGGAGAGAGAGCGGAUUAUAAGAGAGGAAAAACGACGGAUUCUACAGGCAGCUCUCAACAACAAUAGUAGUACUCUGGCUUCAGAGAAGUCACAGGAUGCUGUAAAUGAUGGAAUGUCUCAGCAAACUAAUCACAGUUUAACUAAUUCUGGCACAGCUCUUAAAACAUCACCUGCUUGCUGUGGUGUACUGAAAAAACAAUUCACAUCAAUGGACCAUAAAAGUACAACACCAGGAUCAGGACAGCUUACUAAAGUAUCAACAUCCAGCUCUCCUCCUGUCUCAAAAAACAGUCCAGUAAACUCUACUCAUACUGCUAAAGGAACUUCUGCAAAAAAGACAAAAUCUUCUCGUGAAGCAGAACCUGAGGGAAAACCUCCAUGGACAAAGCCUUCAGUAAUCCAACGGUCAAUCCAGCCAGCUCCAGCAGGCCAGGGUACAAAGAAAACCUCCAGUACUCCCACAAAAGCUGCAAAUACUUUUCCCAGAUCAAUUCCAAAACCCUCUUCUUUUCCAAGGACACCGACUUCACUUGCUCCAAUAGUGUCAAAAUCUGCUGUCCAAAGUCCUGCCAAUGGAAUCACUACUCCAUUUGCACAGCAAAAUGGACACACCAAAUCAAAGGUUAGAUGCAGAAGUCACUCGCUGGAGUCUUUGCGAAGAAGGCGUGAAACGAUAUGCACCUCUACUGCUUCAACAACUACCACCACUACUACCACAUGUACCUCCUCAGAAUCUGCUUCCUCAUCCUAUAGCUGGGAUGGUAGAGAUCAUUGGGCUAAGACAUCAAGCCCUCGUGCUCGCACUUUAGCUACCUUUAACUCCCUGAUGGGUCGUAGUUUGAGCUUGGGAGACCUUAGCCACUCUCCACAGACAACGCAGAAAGUGGAACGCAUUGUAAAGGAGGUGAAACGCCGUGGACUUAAAGCUGUUCCAGAACGUGACCGAAAGAUUGCUGCAUUAAUGUUAGCCAGAUACCAAGAGGAGGACAUAAUGAGUCAAACUAGAUAUGUAGCACACUUACAAUGGGACAGUGAGCGGAGACUAGAAGAACUGAGACGAGAGCGCGAAGAGCGGGAGAAACAGAGGGCUGUGCAGCAGUGUCAGCGUGCAUGGCAGUCACAAGUUUCCACCAGGCAGCGCUGGCUUAGCCAGCAGGAGCAAGAGGCAGCACAAGCAAAGCUUCGCCAGGUGGCAGAAAGUGAGGAGCGUUGGCGGGAGCUGGCUGAGCAACAAGAGCGCAGCAGGUUGCAGAAGCUGCAACAGGCUGCUCGCGAAGAGAAACACAAGAAGGCACUACAGGAACAGAAUCUUAAAGCUCUGGAGGAGGAACGAGCUUCCAUGGUUGAGCAGGAGAAACUGCUCCUCAAGGAGAAACUGACCAUCGCUGAGCUGAAGCGACAAGAGCGAGAACAUCAAAUUCAAGAAGAACGUCGUGGACUCAAUCGUGCAGAGAAAAGGCGGCAUGCAGCUCUUAUCCAAGAGAUUGCGCGACGUGAGGUGGAUGAACGUGAAGAAGCACGUAGAACAGCAGAGGUGAAACUAAGUAAGUCCUUGGAAAACUAUGAGCAGAUACAGGAACGACGUGGGCAAGAGUUAAAGGAGAAAGCUAAGCGAGAAGAAAAGCAGAUCCAGAGAGCAAGACGGGCCGCUGAGAAACGUGAGCAACAACAAAAGGAACAGAUGGAGGCAAAGGCAAGGGAAGCCGAAAAACGAGCACAACAAGCUGCGCAAGUGGCUGAAGAGAGGGCACGGGAGAAGGCUCAACGUGCUGUGCUGAGCAGGCAGGAAAAGGAAAGGCUUCAAAGGCUUAACCGUCAGCGUGUGGAGGAGGAGGAGAAACAGCGCCGCCUAGAAUUACUGCAGUCUAUUGAGCGCAAACUAGAAAAAAGUGAACAGAUAUUCAGAGAAAAGCGUGCAGUGUUGGAAAGCGCCAGAUCAGUGGCACGUGCUUCUUUCCACGUGCGGGAUCGUGUUCGUGAAGAGACAAAUAUGCGCACCUUUGACAAAAUGGCCCUGGAGGCUCAGUUAAAAGCACAUUUAGUUGAGAAGUGAGCUCUUCGAUGUUUAACUUGUUUACUCUGUCCAUGCACAUCUGUCUAAAAAUAAGCUGUGCUUGAGCUAACAUGCUAGCCUCAUCACCAAAGCAACAGUACUGCUGAUUGUGCCCUCAAGUGUCAUAUCUUAAGAUUCAUUUUUGUAUCCCUUUAUUCCUAAUACUGGACCAUUUUCAUCAUGUAAUUUUUAUUUUUAAAUGGUAAUCUCAGAACUGUGUGAUUAUGUGUGAAUGAUCAUAUGUAAGGGCAUGAUUGUCUUUUGGGAACUGUAUUUAAACAGUUAAUUGUUUACAUUGUUUAAGGUUGGCUUUGUUUCCUUGAUGAAGAAGAAAAGCAUCUGGAAUUCCUUUAUAAGAGAGAGGAGACUCUUGUUUUAGGAAUCUAGGUUGUAAGAGGGUGAGCCAUGACUUUGUGUGAAAACCAAACUCCAGUGAAAUUCUGACCGUGCAUUACUGCCGACAGUAGGUACAUGGCAAAGAAUGAUCUCAGCACAGUGUAGCUGCUGAUGAAGCACAGGAGUCUUCGGUCAGCAACAGAACCAUCAGUUCUCAAAUCUACACUGACAUCCACACUCAAUCAGGUUUGGGAGUGGAGAAGAUGGUGUUGACAUCCGUGGACUAAUUCAGUUUAAUAUGCCCUAAGAGACUGCAAAAGACAUUUCAACUGAUCACAGACCCCUUAUUACUUUCUGGCAGUGACUCAGAUAAUCAUGAUGUAAUUGGAAAGUUUAAUAAACACUGAAGCCAUGUUACUUACAGGAUAUCCAAGAUCACACAUCAACACUGGUUUUAAUAACAUAAAAUCCCAAAGAAACCAUUUCAUUUGUGUACACUUUAUGCAUUGCAGGUAAAAUUUGAGGGGCUUUUUAAAUUAAAGCAAAUAGCGGUGCUGCUAAAUAAUAACCAGCUAACUGACAAUUCCUUAUUAGUGUGAAGGUUUCAUAGCUAGUAAUCUCGAUGCUCUGAACGUAGACAGUAAGUUCAUGCAUGAAUCCAAAAAGCAAGCAUAAACUACAGGUAUACACUUUGAUUUCAUUACAGAUUUUAUAUUAAUGCAAUCAAUAUUCAAGUUAGCUGUAGAUUUGGCUAGCAAUCUCAUAAUAUAAAAUGAUUGUAGCAUUAAAAAUAUCUAUCUUAUCAAAGUAUUUUAUAUUUUGGCUCAUAACUACUAAUUGUUACUUUACUUUUCUUUUGUAAGAAGAAAAAACUUCAUUUUCCAAAUCACAUCCUACUGCAAAAAAAAAAAAAGGUUCAUUAAAUGAGGCAUGCAGGGUGACAUUUUACAUGAGAACCAACCAGUUUUUUAUUUUUUUAUUUUUUUAUAAAUACAUUUAUUUGGAAGGGUGUAAGUACCUAGAGUAUAGAGGACUGACAGGAUUAGGUUUCAGGAUAACUUUAAACAUGAAUAGCAUGAUUUAAAUAUAGGUGAUGUGUGAUUUUUUUUUUUGGACGUGUAAUACUUACUAAAAUUAUAUUAUUCUUUACGCCUUUCUAUACAUUACUCUCUCCUGUCCCAGUUUAAUAUGCAGAGACAAAUGAUUACUCUAUUCAGAUUAUAAAAUCAUAAUCACAUUUCACAUUUUGAAAUCAUAUUACUUGAGCAUCCUGAUGAGCUCAACAGAGCUAUAUUGACUUUACCAGUAGUGUGUGUGACUUUGGAGAGGGACAACCCAGUGGCAGAUGGGCGACUGUAAGAGAAACCUGUUUGAAAACAUAAUUUUUGCAAUUCCAUUAAGUAACGGAAGUUGCACAGAAAUUACAUUCUUCACCUAUAAUUUUAGAGCCCAAAUAACUCUGCAUUGAAUUUGUCUACAUUUCAUAAAUAUUUUAAUUUGUAUGUUUUGAAGGGUGUAUGGUUGUACAGUACCUGCUAGUUUUUAUUGUAUAAGAUUCAUGUUGUUUUCACUUAAAUGAUGUGAUUAAAAUCAUUUUUAAAUAUAUUUUGCAUAUCUUUGCUUGUCAAGUUAUAAUACUGUAUUAUUCUACAGUGUUAUAAAUGUACAACUGAAUGGGCCAAAUUUCACAGCAAGUGAAAACUUUCCCCUUUCUGAAACUUGACUGUUG